UAAGAGACGACAGGAAGAAGAGGUCAAACGAGUAAGGAUGCGAAACGUGUGCACGUCUUCGGGAUAAAGUCACAGAUUAGACAGGGCAGGAGGUACACCGGAGGUACUUGUAUCUACAUGUGGAGGUGGUGGUAGUAAAGGGGGCUGCCCUUUGAUUCAGAAACAACUGGUUAAGGUUAGUCGUGCUAAAGUUAGCCGAUGCUAAAUGUCGCGUGUUCGCUGACAGUUAGCUUGAGUGCAAUAAUGUGAUGGACAUUUGAGAUAACCUUAUGAUACAUACACGUCUAAUGUAAACAAUCGCAUGGUGCAUUUCUGCAGCUUUUCAGCUUUUAAAUAGCUGCUACUUCGCUACCUGGUUUGGAGGGAUUCAUGCAGCCAUGUUUCAGUCGGUGCCCCGUCGUUUCACCUGCGAGGUCGGCGUCAGGACGCUCAGGCUGCAGAGCAUAAGGUUGUUCCGGCAGGCUGUGCAGGAGGAAGGCAGGGACUCGUUUCCAUGGCUGGACAGGGCUACAGGCCUGCUCAUAUCCACCCUCCACAGAGCAGCUGUCCUCGUCGGGGAGACUGCAAGAUGUGGACAAAAGAGGAAGGGCUUGCUGUCCAUAUUCAUGGACCACUGCAGUUUUUUGACCGGCCAGAGGCUCCGUCGUGCAUGUCAAAUCGGCGAGCUCUACUCCAACCUGUACUCUGAGAGGACCAGGUGGACCCUGGUGGGGAGCAUGUGGCGCAGGUUCCAGAGCAAGCACCCCCCUACUGGCAGAUUGUUUGCGGCCCUGGCGGGUGUUUUCAUGUGGGAAAAUGAGAAGAUUCAAGAUGAGGAGAUGAACAGGUGUGGACUUGAGCUGCAGGCACUGGAAGUAGUGAAAAGGCAAAACAACAAAGCGGUCAGUGGACACAUGGAGCCUGGCUGGGAGGUGGUGAUGGAGAAGAAGGACUUCAGAGUGUGGAAGCGGCCCAUCCCCGACAGUCACCUCUAUGAGUACAGAGUGUUGGGCUCCUACAGCGACGUCACACCAAGACAGUUCUUCAAUGUGCAGUUGGACACAGAGUACAGGAAGAAGUGGGAUGCUCUGGUCAUCAAACUGGAAGUGGUGGACCGAGACGCCAACACAGGCUCUGAAGUUGUUCACUGGGCUACGCACUUCCCUUACCCCAUGUACUCAAGAGACUACGUGUAUGUGCGGCGCUAUGACGUGGACUUGGAGAACAACCUGAUGAUCUUGGUGUCCAGAGCUGUGCAGCAUCCCAGAGUUCCAGAGUCUCAGGACUUUGUGAGAGUUCACACGUACCAGUCCACGAUGGUCAUCCGCCCGCACACGUCCUUUGAUGAGAAUGGCUUUGACUACCUGCUAACUUACAGCGACGACCCGCAGACCGCCUUCCCUCGUUACUGUGUGAGCUGGAUGGUGUCCAGUGGCAUGCCUGACUUUUUGGAGAAGCUUCACACAGCUGCUCUGAAGGCCAGGAACUUAGAGGUGGGGGUGUACGACUACGCAGGCGUCAUUAAAACCAGCGACACAGGCCGCCAGCAGAGCCAGGAGCGUCUGGCUGCAGAGAAGAACCACACUGGUGGAUCUGGCCAAAUGUUUGCUUGAACAUACAUGGAGAUAGAGCUGUCAGUGGAUUUGUGCAGAUGAAACCCUCCAAAAACCCAUAUAUUUUGGGUGUGUGUGUGUGUGUGAAGUUUUUUUUUUUUGUAGAUGAAGAAUGGACCCGAGCGCUGGCGUUAAUGCCAAUGUGUGCUGCAACAGUGGUCCAGUUGAAAUGAGACAGCCAAAUCGUUCAUUGUCUCGUUUUAUGAAUAUGCUGUGGCAAACCUGACUAAAGAAGACAAGGCCGAGACUAAAGGAUAGAUCGAACGGGCAUGCUUUGGCAGUAUUUACGAUGGCUGAUUCAUCUCUGCACUGACUGAAGGACUGAGGCCUCAAGAUUGGUUGUUUUCCACGUCUCUGCACAAGAUUAGCUUGCUCAUAUGACUGAUAUUUGGGCUAUAAUGAUGACUUUUAGGGCUCUUGUGAAGCUAAAACCAGUCCUUCCACAGCAGGGGCACAGUGUCUUCUAACAACCAAUGAAAUCCUCAUCCACAAUGGUACACAUGCACUUAUAAAUGUACUGCAUGUUUGCGAGUCCUUUUGUUGGACAUGCCGAAAUUAAAGGUUACACCAUUUCAACUGUUGUAGCAAACAUCUCAAACUGUUAUUCAUUUGUGCUACAGUCCCAGAUGUACAUUCUUUUUAAAAACUACUCAUGCUAACCCACUGUGAUGUAAUUCUGAUGCUUUUUUUUGUUGUUAAAUCAUCAACCUCAUCCUCUUCUGAAUGUACACACACAGCACCACAUGCUGUGGUAUGAAAGCGCCGCCUAUAAACAAUAAAAUCGUUUACAGCCUGGCAAUGUGGCUCAUGCAUUUACGUGUUUUUU